UAUUAAUAUAGCAAUAAUUAUUGUUGUUAAAACGGUCAUUAAGUAAAAAGAGCAUCUACCCAUCUCAAAUGUUAAUUACAGAUCUUGGCGCCCAGUCCAACGUUCGAAAGGGUCCCACCCAUAUGCCCUCAUCGCUUGACACGUGGAUAAUGAUACCGAAUCUCCACCGUUGGUGUUCCCUUUCUCAAAUAAAUGUAAACGGUGUGGGUCCAACCCGACCCGGAAAAAGCACAGACAACGGGUAGACGGGUAGGGCCCCCUUUUCCGCCCUUUUCUCUCUGUAAAUGCAAAUGCUCUUAUUCUUCUUCUUCUUCUUCUUCAUCUUCACUGCCUUUUCUUUUAUUUCUUCUCCGUAUCUGCAUUAAUUGAACCGAUUCAGAUUUUUCAAUUUCUGGUGCUCUCUCCAACUCACGAGAAGCUCGCAUGUACAGCGGAGAUCCGUUGCUGGAGGAUGGAUUGAGAGAUUUUUUUAUUGGAUGCCUGUCGUCUGAUGCUUCUGCUUUAUCUUCUCUUUUAGUUGUCCUCGACAUUGCCGAUCGCUGAAUUCCUGAGAUCGACAGCUUGUUUGUGAUGCAAUAAUCUUCGUGUUAUGCUUAUGAAAUUUGAGCAGUCAGGCUAAGCAUAAAGAACAUCAAGCAAUUUACAACAAUGCCGCUAGAGAGCUACAGUUCCAUAUUCAAUUCUCCCAGUAAGAACUUGAGAGGCCUAAAAAGCUUGAUCUACAACAACGGUAAUGCUCCAGGGGCAGAGGAAAUAAUCAAUGACCAUGAAUUGGCUCAGAGGAAAGCUGAGGAAUCAGCGUCGAGGAGGUACCAGGCGGCGCAAUGGCUGCGGCAGAUGGACCAGGGGGCGUCGGAAGUGCUGCCGAGAGAACCGACGGAGGAGGAAUUCUGUCUGGCGCUCCGCAACGGACUCAUUCUUUGCAAUGUGCUCAACAAAGUCAAUCCUGGCGCUGUUCACAAGGUAGUGGAGAAUCCAGUGGUGGACGUGCAGGCCGCAGAAGGAGCAGCUCAGUCUGCUAUUCAGUAUUUUGAGAACAUGAGGAAUUUUCUUGUUGCUGUUGGUAAAAUGAAGCUGCUCACGUUUGAAGCCUCGGAUCUUGAAAAGGGAGGCUCAUCGGGCAAAGUGGUGGAAUGCAUUCUGUGCUUAAAAGGAUAUUAUGAAUGGAAGCAAUCAGGAGGCAUUGGUGUCUGGAGAUAUGGUGGAACAGUGAGAAUUACAUCCUUUAUGAAAGAGUCACCAUCCUCUGCAUUAAGUCUAGAGAGUGCGGAUGAGUCAAUAGAUGGUUCUGACUCAUCACAAUAUGAUCAACUGAUGGAGUUCCUCCAGUUAUCUACAGACUCACAUGAGGAUUCCAAAGCAAUCAAUGUGCUCACCUUCAUGUUUGAUCAUUUUAGUCUUGGCCUUCUUCAAUCCUGUCUCUCUGAAACCAAUGAACUUGAUGACUUUCCUUUAAGUCCAAUGGUCAUUGAUGUUGUAUUGAGGAAGGCUCUCAAUGAUUUCUCAGCAGCUCUGGUGUCUCAGGGAAAUCAGCUUAGCAUGUUAUUGAAGAAACUUCUGAGUAAUGACUCUGCCCCUCACGUGAAAUUGGAGUUUCUUGAAGCCAUAUCAAAGUACCUAAACAAAAGGGCUGGCCUUGUAUCACGGGAUAUUUCCUAUUUCUGCUUUUGUGGUGGGAAAGGUGAUGAAACACGGCAUCAAAGCUCCUUUCAAGGUGGUAUGGAAUUACUUGAUCGUCAGCAAAAACAGUUAGAGGAUUUAAAAGCUCUUUUUAGGGAAACAAAACAAGAAGUUCGUCGAGCAACACUAGGAUGGGAGAAUGAAUUCCAGUGCCUUGGGAAUAAUGUCAAAGGCCUAGAAGUGGCUGCUUCAUCAUAUCAUAAAGUUCUGGAGGAAAACCGUCUUCUUUACAAUCAAGUUCAGGACCUAAAAGGCACAAUCAGAGUUUACUGUCGAGUUAGACCAUUUCUUUCAGAACAAUGUAAUGAACAGUCUACAGUUGAUUAUAUUGGAGAAAAUGGAAAUAUCAUGAUUGUGAAUCCCCUGAAGCAGGGUAAAGAGGCAAGGAGGGUUUUCUCAUUUAAUAAGGUUUUUGGGACAAAUGUAACACAACAACAUAUAUAUGCAGAUACUCAACCAUUGGUUAGAUCUGUUCUUGAUGGCUAUAAUGUUUGUAUUUUUGCGUAUGGUCAGACUGGCUCUGGGAAGACAUACACAAUGAGUGGUCCGGAUUUGAAUACGGAGGAAACUUGGGGAGUAAAUUAUCGUGCUCUGCGUGAUCUUUUUCACAUUUCAGAGGCCAGAAUGGACACAACCCAAUAUGAGAUUGGAGUCCAAAUGAUUGAGAUAUACAAUGAACAAGUGAGAGAUUUGUUAGUAUCUGAUGGCAGCAAUAGAAGAUUAGAUAUUAGAAACAAUUCUCAGCUCAAUGGACUUAAUGUUCCCGAUGCAAGUCUGAUUCCUGUCAUAUGUACUCAAGAUGUUCUUGAGUUGAUGAGGAUUGGACAUAGAAAUCGGGCUGUUGGUGCCACAGCUUUAAAUGUGCGAAGUAGUCGAUCUCACAGUAUUUUGACAAUUCAUGUUCGAGGAAAAGAGUUAGUCUCAGGCUCAUUGUUAAAAGGUUGUCUACACUUAGUAGAUCUAGCUGGGAGUGAGAGGGUGGAUAAAUCUGAAGCUGUUGGUGAGAGAUUGAAAGAAGCUCAGCAUAUUAACAGAUCUCUGUCUGCACUGGGAGAUGUCAUAGCUGCUCUAGCACAGAAGAGUUCUCAUGUGCCUUACAGGAAUAGCAAGCUAACACAAGUGUUGCAGGAUUCUUUAGGAGGACAUGCUAAGACGCUGAUGUUUGUGCAUAUAAACCCAGAGGUCAAUGCUCUAGGAGAGACAAUUAGUACUUUAAAAUUUGCUGAGAGAGUUGCUACAAUUGACCUGGGGGCAGCAAAAUCUAAUAAAGAAGUUAGUGAAGUUAGAGAAUUUAAAGAAGAGAUCUCAAACCUUAAGCUAGCAUUGGAAAGAAAGGAAGCUGAACUGGAGCUGAUGAAAAGUCGCACGAAUAUUCGAGCAAUAUCACCACUUCGAGUUUCAAAAUUCAACGGCAAUGGUAACGUGAACCCCAGCUCCAGCAGCACCACCAGUCAGCUACAUGAUACUCAAAUUACAGAGGUAAGAAGCUGUUCCUCUGGUAAGCAAAGAAGAUCUCGGCUCCCCUCAAAAUUUGUUGACAAGGAUGUCGGGACAAAAGUACCUCUUCUAGCUGGAGAAAGAUCUGUAAGCUCUAUAAAGCAAAGAUCUCCAUCUCCUCCAAUUAGAAGAUCAAUAUCCACUGAUAGAGGUGCUGGCAUCAGACCUAGAAUAAGACCUGAUACAGUUGAAAAUCCACCCACCAUAAAAGUAUCAUUUCCAUCUGGUCUUUCAGUUAUUAGAUCUGUCCCCAAUGUGCCUUCAAUUAUACUGCCUUCAGUGAAUACACGGCUCAAUCAGGGUUCACAAGAGCCACCUCCUCCAGAUGCUUUGAACGGCGUCCAGAGGGUCACACUACGCAGAGUAAAUUCUGAACAUGAAGAUCAACUCAGGCAAGCACUGAACAACCGACAAGGUGGCACCAGAAAAGCUAAACCAGAUAAUAAAGUCAAGAUCAAGCAACAGCCAUCCAGUAAAGCUCAGAAAUCCAGUGCUCCUGAAUCCCUGCACCCUGAUGUAGGUGCGGUUAAAAUGCAUGCAGUAACUCAAAGGAUUGAUUCCUCGGAACCUGAAAACGAUCAGGGACCUUUUGGGCCACCCGCCUGUGGUCCUACUAGAUCGAAAAAGCUUCACAGAACCUACUCAAGAAACUCCCAAAAUGUUGAACCAAGAGAAGCAAUUCAAACUGAGGAUCAUCCAUCAUCGGGCCCGGAAAACAAACUUUCCAGUGGACGGGAAGCUGGGUAUCAAUAUCCAUCCGUGCCUGGUUUUGGGAGGAGUAGAUCUACGCCUCGUGGGAAAUUCAUAACUUGAAAACAUACAUACAUAAAGAAAAUGAGGAUAAUUAUUUGUACAAAGGCUUGAUUGCUCCUUGACUCCAGGUUUGUAUUGCAGCUUGCACAGAUAAAUGCUGGUGAUUUGACCAUCAACUUCAUAGUUGUUUGUUUCAUUGAUGUGGCCUGCAUGAUUCAUCAUGAUUUAUUUAUUUUGUUGGUUUAUAAUGCAAGCUGUGCAGACCACCCUUCAUGGCUGCUGGAUUCAAACUCGAGAUAUGUUUUUAUUGUAGAUGAUAAAUCCUAUCUGAAAUUUAUUAUUGGGUCACCAAGAUAUGGUAGUAAAGGACAACUCUUUUCGUUUUAUUCUGACCUUCUGCUUGUCUGAUUAUUUGUGAUUUAUUUAUGGAGAAAGGAGUAUUUGUGUGUAUAGCAUUGUUGUUUAGCUAGAAAGAAAUACAUUUUGAAUUGUAAUGGAUAUGUGA